UUCUGAUUUCUUGCAACUCACUAGCGACAAUGGCGCGCUGGUGGAUCUACGCAAAAGGACUCCUGGGUCUUGUAGCAUGUUGUCAAGCGGCGGAGGAGGCUGCUUGGACGGUGAUGUGCAAUGCCGAUUGUGGUGGAGUGAACACAUGCGCGGAGAAACAGUUGUGCUCCGGCAGAAUGGAAGAGACCAGUACCUGUCCCGAUGCGCUGCCGUGCCCGGACAAAGGUGGCGGCACGGACUGCUGGCCCAAAGAUUGCCAGUGGGGUGAGUGGAAUGAGUGGCAGAACGAUGGCGUCUCAGGGCUUUGCACGCGCACCAGGCGCUUCAGCGCCAGCGAGUGUGGUGGCCAGCAAUGCUUGGGAACCACCAAGGAUACGAUGUACUGCGACCCUUUAGUGCAUCCACCCAGCGACUGCGUGUUCAGUCAGUGGUCGGACUUUGGCAGCUGCGACCCGGUGACGCUGCAGAGGAACCGAACGCGGACAGUGGAGAAACAACCCGCGUAUGGGGGCGCAGCCUGCAAUGGACCCUUGCAGUUGACCGAGCCCUGUGGCGAUCGCGACGCACCGGUGGCGUGCGUCCUGGGCGAUUGGAUGGAAUGGAGCGGCUGCACGCGGCCCUGCGGUGGUGGCCAGCAGACGCAAGUGCGCGCCAUCAUGCAGGAGGCCGCUGCGGGUGGCAAGCUUUGCCAAGGUGAAAAUGGAAGUCCUUUGGUGCUCCAAAAGACGCGGCCCUGCAAUGUGGACAUCUUCUGCGGUGGCGAAGAAGCGCCACAGGAUUGCAUGCUGAGUGAUUGGAACGAGUGGACAGCCUGCGAUGCGGCGCCGAAGACUCGGCGGCAGCGCUAUCGCAGCCGCUCCAUUGCCAUCCCAGGCAAGAACGGAGGUGCAGCUUGCAGCAAAAGCCUACAGGAGGUGAAGGGAUGUGAGGCAUCUGAAGAGCUGCCGCCUGUGGAUUGUAGGCUUGGGGCCUGGGGAGCGUGGUCACUCUGUGACAAGACCUGCGCGGGUGGACAAACCUACCGCUCGCGCGAAGUUGCGGUCCUAGCGGCAAGAGGUGGCAAGGCAUGCGAGGACUCCAUGUCAGAGACCAUGGCUUGUAAUGAGAUGGACUGCCACAUGGACAAGCAAGCGAGGGACUGCCAUCUCUCUGUUUGGACAUCUUGGGGCGACUGCUCGCAGAGUUGCGGGAAGGGCAUUCGCACCCGCACUAGGGAGGUGACUGCACCGCCUCUCAUGGGAGGCAUUGGCUGCAGCGCGGAUAUCCAGCAGGUGGAGGGUUGCCCAGAUCUACCGCCUUGCGAAGCCGAAGAUUGCCUCUGGGGCACCUGGUCCGAGUGGAGCGAUUGCACCAAGCAGUGCAACGGUGGACAGAAGAUGCGCAAUCGGACCGUCUUCCAACUGCCUUCGAAGAGCGGCAAACCCUGUCAUGCGCUUCGCAGUGUGGACGAGACUGAAUCCUGCAACACCCAGUCCUGCUCAGCAAAAAGUUGUCAAGACGGAGUGUGGGCUGACUGGCAUGGUUGGAGUCAAUGCUCCAGGCCCUGUGCGGGUGGCUUGAAGUGGCGGCACCGGAGUAUCUACUCCACGGGCGACAGCUGCGGAAAACCCGCUGAGGGCCCGUCGUCAGAAGCCAGCCGCUGCAACGAGUGGCCUUGUGAGGAAGACAGCGACUGUGUCAUGGGACUUUGGUCGUCCUGGAGCGACUGCUCUGCCAGCUGUUACGGCCUACAGUCACGGAAACGUGAGAUCGCGAAGAAGGGCACGGGGCACGGCCGAUGGUGCACAGAUCCCGACAAUCAGCCGGCAGCGCUGGAGGAAAGCCGCCCCUGCAACGGGCCAGAGGGGGCAUCGGCCGAUCAGCAACAGGACUGCGGCUUCGGCGAGAUGCAGGAUUGCUUGCUGAGCAGCUGGGGGCGGUGGUCCACCUGCUCCAAGUCUUGCGGGGGUGGCUUUCAGCACCGUUCCCGACGAACGCUGAGGGACUCCAAGCUUGGUGGCAAACCCUGCGACGGCGAAAUGAGACAGGUCCAAAGCUGUGGCACUGCCAGCUGUGGGCUCGCCAUGGACUGCCAAUGGGAAGAUUGGGAUCAAUGGGGCGCUUGCACUCGAUGCGACGGAGAGAUGAUCCGAGUUCGAGAGAUUCGUCACCUUGGCAAUGAUCUUGGCAAGCGCUGUGAACCCUCCGAUUCACGACAGGUGGCUCAGUGCAACGAAUGCCCCAAGAAACAGACGUUCUGGUGCGUUUGGGGCGACUGGAAGGAAGGGGCUUGCAGCGCCACCUGCGGCACCGGCGGGCGCUUGGAACGGCGCCGUGAGCUCAAAACCCUUAGCUCCCCGCCGCACAACCCCUUGGACGCUGUCGGCAACGUGUCCGGGGUGGGCGCUAGCUGCGAAGCCUACGAGGUGGACUAUACGAGCUGCAAAAAUCUGCCCCUGACCUGUGCCAGCUGUAUCCCAGAGGACUGCAAGUUCGGAGCGUGGGAAGACUGGAAAAAACCCACCACUUGUGAUGGUAUCUGCACGCGGCAAAGGGGGAUUGAAAGGCUUGCCAAUUCCUGUGGCGCUGUGUGUAACGGACACGUCCGAGAAACCAAGACAUGUGUCCUGGAAGAGUGCAGUGGAAAGCAGGACUGUGCCUUCUCCCAUUGGUCGGAAUGGAAUGGAUGCUCUGCUGGCAGCAGUCAACAGACGCGCGUUCGCGAGAUCGUGGCGCUGAACGGACCUUAUGGCAAGGCUUGCUCAGGAGCUCAGAAAGAAACGAAACCCUGCGAGGCUUCGAAAAAAGCGCGAGAUUGCACGUUGACACCAUGGACUGGGUGGAGUGAAUGCUCCAAGCGUUGCGGCGGAGGGCAGAAGGAGCGGACUCGCGAGGUUGCAGACCAUGCUCUUCAUGGAGGUAAACCUUGUGAAGUGCCAUUGAGGUCCACCAUGCCCUGUGAAGAGAAGCUUUGCCUCGGCAACGAACCCGGUGAGGAGGAUUGCGUCUUGGGUGACUGGGAAGAGUGGAACGGUUGCAGCAAAGGCCUCCAGGCCUUCCGAGUUCGCCGCCCCGUGCGCGAAGCUGGGGCCAAUGGACUGCCCUGCAGCGGCGCGUUGAAGGAAACAGGAGCUUGUCCCGAGCUGAAAGCGCGCGACUGCGCCUUGGAGGACUGGGGCACCUGGGGCUCCUGUGGCGCCACGUGUGGUGGCGGCCAACGUUUCCGUACACGAGAAGUGAAGCACGCGGCAGACCCUGGGGGCCAGCCAUGCAUGGGGGAUACCCACGAGUCUGAGACCUGCAAUGAGGAGGUGGCUUGCGACGUGCAAAACGAUUGCGUCGUUUCGUCCUGGAGUUUAUGGUCCGAGUGCUCGAAAUCCUGUGGCCAGGGCCUGUACGCACGAGAAAGGAAGAUCCUACAGGCAGCCUCCAGCUCUGGCCGCGGCUGCAACGUGGUGCUUUGGGAGGUGGAUGGAUGCCAAGGGGAGGGCACCAGCGAAAUCUGCGGAGAUCACGUGGAUUGCCAGUGGGGAGAGUGGAAAGGCUGGUCCGACUGUAAGCAGGCCCAGUAUUGUGGACUGGGUCAUCGCUCGCGUGCCCGAGAGAUUGCCGUCCACCCGACGGGCAAGGGAGCGAAGUGCGACCCGCUGCCCAAAGAGGAGGUGGUUCCUGACAUCAGCUGUGCCGUGUCCUGCACACCCUCAUCGGUCUGCACCAACGGUGAGUGGGGUCAGUGGUCUGUUUGGGGACCGUGCAGUAUCACCUGCGGUCAAGGUGGCACUCGUUCACGGUCGAGGGUCGAGAAAGUGAAGGCCAAUCAUUGCGGCUAUCCACCAGAAGGAUCAGAUCAGGAUUAUGAGCCUUGUGAUGCAGUGGCUGAGUGCGAAAGUGAGAUGGGCGCGCAGGAUUGCCAAUUUGGCCUCUGGAGCUCAUGGGAGGAGUGCAGUGCCAGCUGCAACGGCGCACAAAAACGCACCAGAGAAAUUGCUCGCUACAGCGCCUAUGGAGGCUUUCCCUGCCAUGGCACCAUUGCAGAGACACAAAGGUGCAACCCCGGACCUGCAGAGCAAGGGCCCCCCAUUGGCUGCAUCAGCGGGGCUCCAGUCCAUUGCGUUCAGUGGCCAGCAACGGAUUGGUCACCGUGCACUGCGAGCUGUGGCACCGGCCACCAGACGCGACGUUACGAAGUGGCGGUGCAGCCAGCCUUCGGUGGCAAGAGCUGUUCCCAUCCCUUGGAGGAGACGCGCGAAUGCCAAGCUCUCCAAGAGUGUGUCAUUGAAGAAAGGGACUGCGUGCUCACUGACUGGCAGGAAUGGACUCACUGCGAUCCCUUCACUGCGCAGCGCUUUCGACGGCGGCAAGUCAAGUACGCGCAGGUGGGUGCUGGCAAGGCCUGUGAAGGCAAGCUGUCUGAAACGGAGAAAUGUUCCAGGGAAUGCCAGGACAAGACCUACUCCUGUGCCUGGGCCAGCUGGGAAUCGUGGUCCGCCUGUUCGGAGAGCUGUGGGACUCGAGGGCGGCGGCAUCGUAGCCGCGGGCUGUCCUUGACGGAGAAAUCACCUGCUGCCACGCCUGCAGCUGGCGCCACGGGUGAGACUACGGCUGAAGGCGUGACUGGAGUGACUGGGCUGGCCCCCAUCAACACGGCCGCUGUGCUGGAAGAGUAUCAGCACUUGAGUCGACGCUUGAACCGAGCAUCUGGCUCGCAUGUCGAGUUCUUCAUCUCCUUUCUGGCCGGUGCUGGGUGCUUUGCAGCCGUGGUAGGUCUUAUCCAGAUGAUUCUGAGAAGGGUCCAACAUGGGCCGCAGCCCCGCGCAUUGCUCCUGCCGUUCGCGCCCAACAGCGGCGAUCAUGACUGGAGACAAGCGGGAGUUGUCCGAGAGACUGAAGAGGCAUGAGUGGCACCAGCUGAGACGCCGAAACGCCUUGUGAAAAAAAGUAGCCUAACAACAAGGGC